AUGCGCAAGACCAACAUGAAGCAGUACCUGUCGAAGUCCUACUGGCUCCUGCCAAAGGAGGACUCUUGUAUCGCCCCCGAGGGCGUCUGGAGCAAUAAGGACAUGGACCCGACGCCGAUCGAGUACAGGACCUGGACUGGAUGGACCUUUUUCUCGUACUGGGUGUGCGACCUUUUCCAGCCCGGUGGAUGGGCGACGACGGCCGCCUUCGUCGGCAUGGGUCUGACGUGGUGGGAGUCGUGUCUCGCUGUUCUUGCCGGCUCCUUCCUGUCCGCCAUCGUAAUUGCGUGCAACGGUGUUGUCGGAGGCACUCUGCACGUUCCAUUUGCGGUCUCCUCCCGCGCGGUGUACGGAUACUACGGAAGCCGCUUCGUUGUUAUCUCACGCUGCAUCAUGGGCUGCUUCUGGCUGUCGAUCAACACCUUCGCUGCGGGCCAGUACGUGAGCUACGCAAUUGAGGCGAUUUGGCCUUCGUACGCGCGCCUGCCGAACCAGAUCCCCGCCUCACAGGGCGCGACGACGAAGGACUUCCUGUCCUUCUUCCUGAUCUGGGUCAUCCAGUUCCCCUUCCUGCUCGUGCACCCCUCCAAGCUGCAGCCCGUGUUCUACACCAAGGCAUGCCUCGUCCCCGUCGUUGCGCUCGGAACCAUGAUCUGGGCCCUCGUCAAGUGCCGUGACGGCCCGGGCAUUGCGUAUGCGCUGAGCACGCCCCAGAACCGUGUCUCCGCCGGCGUGCCGCGCUUCAUCGCGUUCAUGUACUCUGUCACCAGUGUGCAAGGCACCUGGGCGACGAUGGGCGUCAACGUCGCCGACUUCAGCCGAUACUGCCGCAACCCGAAGAGCUCGUGGCUGCAGCUCUUCGCGUUCCCCGUCAUCAACACGCUCGUGUCCAUCGUGGCCGCCAUCACCGCCGCCUGCCUUCUGCCCGUGUACGGCGACGUGCUGUACCAGCCCUACCUGAUCGUGAGCAAGUGGGGCACGUCUCCGGGCGGCAGGGCGGCCAUGUUCCUUGCCUCGCUGGCCUGGGCGCUCGCAAACGUCACGACAAACGUGAGCGCAAACAGUAUCAGUGCCGCGAACGACCUCGCGGCCCUGUUCCCCCGUUGGAUGAACAUUCGCCGCGGACAGCUCUUCGUCGCCAUUGUCGGCGUCUGGGGCUUUGCGCCCUGGAAGGUCCUCCAGUCUGCCGCCAACUUCCUCACUUUCAUGAGCUCGUACUCGGUCAUUCUUGCACCCAUUGCCAGUCUCAUGUUCUUUGACUUUUUCGUCAUCAAGCACGGGCGCUACAACGUCUACGAGCUCUAUGUGCCUCACGGCAUCUACUACUACACCAAGGGCUGGAACUGGCGCGCCUACGUCGCUGUCAUUUGCGCCGUCGCGCCCAACAUGCCCGGCAUGGUCAAUGCCAUCAACCCCAACAUCAAGAUUGGCAACAUCAAGUAUGUCUACAUGGUCAGCAACAUUGUGGCGCACUUCAUCGCCCUCAACGUGUACUACAUCCUCAACAAGCUCUUCCCCGCCCGCCAGACGCUCAUCGACCACCCUGUUCAUGACGUGCUGGAGGACACGCCCGCUAUCCCCAUGAACUACGAGGACUCCUCGGACAUGGAGAAGAACGAGAAGCUCAACCUGGUGUAG